CAGCGGCUACUUCUGGGGUUUUUGCUGAGCGUUAAUAUAAAAUUUUCGAUUCACAUCUCUUCCCUACGUUUCCCAUACAGCUACCGCACCACCACUACAACAUCCCCAGCCCAGACACCACAUGAAAAAUGAACACAUCGCCCGAAACCUGCCUUUUCACCACCCGCCAGCUAUCAGGCCGCCUCCUCUACAAGCUCUACUUAGCUGUGUUCGUCGCCGCCAUAUCUUCUCUCUUCUACUAUCGCCUCACUCACAUCCCCAGCGACCAUCGCCUCCUCUGGCUCCUCAUCUCCUUAGCCGAAUUCUGGUUUGCUGCCAUGUGGUUCUUCCAACAAGGCUUCCGAUGGGCCCCUGCAUUCCACACUACCUACCCCGAUCGGCUUCCAACGGAACACCUUCCCAAGAUCGAUGUCAUGGUAUGCACUGCCGAUCCUGAUAGAGAGCCCCCAUCGCUCGUCGCUAACACACUCCUAUCGCUCAUGGCAUACGACUACAACGUUAACAAGUUAGCCUACUAUCUAUCUGAUGAUGGUGGUUCGGAGCUGACAUUCCAUGCGGCCUAUCAGGCGUCCAUCUUCGCCAAAUACUGGCUGCCCUUCUGUCGGAAGUACAAUAUCGAGCCUCGGGCUCCCCAGGCCUACUUCUCGACGGAGAAUUCCAUCGCCAGCUACAACAGCCAUAGUUUCCGACUGGACUACAGCAUAGUCAAGAAAAAAUUUGAAGAAAUGAAUGAUCAGAUAGAACAAGCAGGAACAUGUGGGAAGGUGACCAAUGAGACAAGGGAGCGGCACAUGGGGUUCAGCGAGUGGGAGUCAAAGGUUGAUCCAAGUGACCAUGAAUCGAUAAUCAAGAUUCUAUUGAGAGGAGAUGGUGGAGACUUGGAUGCUGAUGGUAACCCCAUGCCCACACUUGUUUACCUUUCGAGGGAAAAACGACUAGGCCACCCACAUCAUUACAAGGCUGGCGCCCUCAAUGCCAUGAAUCGAGUGUCGGAGGUGAUAAGCAAUGCACCCUUCAUCAUCAACGUGGACUGUGACAUGCACUCAAACAACUCCAAAGCGCUUCGCCAUGCAAUGUGCUUCUUCCUAGACCCAAAAGUGGGCUACCAAAUCGGGUUUGUUCAGUUCCAACAGGGCUUCUUAGGCUUGACAGAGAAUGACUUAUAUGCAAACAGCGGCAAGAGGGUUUAUGAGGUGGAAAUGUUGGGCAUGAAUGGGCACAAUGGCCCUUUCUAUGCUGGCACUGGUGCAGUUCACCGUCGUCAAUCUCUCAAUGGAAAAAAAUUCACACCCGAUUUUCGACCAAACUUGGAUGAAGAACUAGCAGUUGGAGAAAAUAAGAAUUGGAAUGAGUUGGAAGAAAAGGCGAAGACUCUUACUCGUUGCACCUACGAGCAAGGCAAACCAUGGGGGAAGGAGAUGGGAGUGAUGUAUGGAUCAGCUGUAGAGGAUGUUUUCACAGGGAUGGUCUUGCAUUCAAAGGGGUGGAAAUCGGUUUUGUGUAGCCCAGAAAGGAAAGCGUAUUUGGGUUAUAGUCCUGUUAACGCCAAUGACUCCCUCAUUCAACACAAGAGAUGGACGACAGGAUUGCUUGAGUUAUUCCUAUCUGGCUUUUGCCCUUGGACUUACGGGGUUGGAAGAUUGACGUUUGGGCACCUCUUGUGCUACACUGCAUUCUCACUGUGGGGCCUUUGGUCUUUCCCCAUAUUGGCUUAUGGACUCCUUCCUCCUUUGGCUAUGGUCAAUGCCAUCCCAAUAUUCCCAAUGGCAUCAGACCCUUGGUUCAAGUUGUUUGUGUUCUUGGGCAUUGCUCCCCAUGCCUAUAGUCUAUUGGAGCUAAUGUGGGUAAAAGGAAAAGUCCGGAUGUGGUGGAACGAAACUCGGAUGUGGAUGAUGAGGGGUUCAUCCUCCUACUUCUUUUCGAUCAUAUCCAUCAGCUUAAAAUUGUUGGGCCUUUCAGAGCCAGGAUUCGAGGUAACAAGCAAAGUCAUAGACAAGGAAGCGUUAAAGAGGUACAAGGAAGAAGUAAUGGAAUUCGCGGUAGCUUCUCCCAUGUUCAUUCCCCCAACAACACUAUCACUGCUAAACCUCUAUUGCUUUCUCAGGGCAAUGAUGAUGACGAUUAUCAGAAAGGAUAGGUGGGUCACCUUUGAUCAUAUGGCUUUACAGAUUAUUAUUUGUGGUUGUAUAAGCUUAAUUAGCAUGCCAUUAUAUGAAGCCUUGUUCUUGAGAAGGGACAAAGGUCGCAUGCCAACAUCUAUAACUAUCUACUCCAUUGGGCUUUCACUCGCACUGUUAUAUCUAUUAUAGCCUUUCAUAUGAUCCCAUUUGGACAAUAUUUUUAUCAUCCUAUAUUGUAUCUUCAAAUCAAGAAACUUAAGUAGAAUGAGACUUUUUUUUUU